AUGGAGGACAUUGUUCGGAGGCUAGCGGCGCUGGACCGAGAGAGGUUUUUCUUCGCGCCGGUCACGGAGGAGGUGGCGCCGGGCUACUUCAAGAUCGUGGACGAGCCCAUGUGCUUCUCCAUGAUGAUCGAGAAGUGCCAGGAGUACCGGUAUCACACGUGGAGAAGCUUCGUCGCGGACUUCGAGCUCAUCUGCAACAACGCCAUGAAGUACAACCAGAAGCGUUCGCGCGUGCACAAGGCCGCGCACACGCUCAUCCGCGCGGGCAAGAAGACCCUGCAGGGCGCGGAGCUCGAGGGGCGCAAGGCGGUCACGCUCAUGCACCCGGGCGGGCCGCAGCAGGCCGCCGCGGACGAAGAGAAGCUCCGCGUCGAGCAGGAGCGCGCCGAGGCGGAGCUGCGGCACCGGGAGCGCCAGGGGCUCGCCCGCCCGCCCCCGUUGAUGCGCAAGGGUCCCGCGUCCGCUGCCGUGGCCGGGCUGCGCACGAUCCCCGUGACGGAGGAGUUCGCGGUCGGGAACUCCGAGGACGAGUCGACCGGGACGCUCGGCGGCGACGCGCGGGCCCCGCAGACCCCCCCUGACAAGGGCGGUGCGGCGACCUCGGGCAACAACGCGUUCGUCGCGGCCGCCGCGGCGCUCGGCCGGCCGCUGCGCGACCUCGUCGGCGCGGCGUGCGCGGUGAUCAACUGGAAGGGCGAGUCCACGCUGCGCAACGCCGCCCCGGCCGAGAAACCCGAGUCCCCCCCCCCAGAGACAAAACAACCCCCCGCGCGGCACGGCCCGCUGGCGUGGCGGCUGCGGUGGAUGGAGCUGCGCCGGAGGGAGCUGCGCUACCAGGCGCGCGAGCUGCGAAAGCAGCUCGAGGACGUCCGGCGCCGCACAGAGGCGGCCACGGCCCAGGAGGAGGGGGGGCCUGCGGAGCCGCGGUCGGCGGGGCGGGCGACGGCGGUGGACGCGGAGACGGACCAGGCGGCCGCGGAGGGGCCGCGCAGGAAGCGGCGGCGCGUCGCGGUGCGCGUCGGCGCCGUCACGCAGGACAUGGCGCGCCUGCCGGUGUUCAAUGCCAGCAAGGAUCGCGUGCCCGGCCCCGCGCUGCACGAGCUCUCCGGGCGCGGCGACGACGAGGCCUCGGAGCGCACGUUCAUGGCGAUGCAGCACGUCGGCGUGCGCGCCGCGGUGCUGCGCCACCAGCUGCAGCGCGCCUUCCAUCGCCGCGUGACGUCGCCGACGCACCACCUGCUGACGCCCGAGGCUGGGGCGCGCGCGCCGCCGCCGACGCGCGCCGAGCUCGACCAGGCCGCGCCGUCGAUGCGCGUGCUCGAGCCUCGGGACGCCCCGACGGACAUGCGGAGCCGGGGGAGUCUCCGCGCGGGGAGCAGCGCGGGCGCACUGCCGGCGGGGAACGACGGCCUGGGCGGCGAGUGCGACGAGUCGAUGCGCCGGAAACGGACCCCGCACGGCACGUCGGGGUACAACAUGGACGACAUCGUCACCCCGAGUCACGGCGUCGCACCCAAGUUCGUGGAGCGCGUGCGCGUGAACGACAUCAUCACGCCGAGCGCGCGGCGCAUGACGGACACGGAGAUCCGUGCGCGCGACGCGCGGUUCAGCGGCGGGCGCGGGGCGGGCGCGCGGGGCCGCGGGCGGGCAGCGCCGGCGCGGGGGCCGGCAGCGCACGAGGGGUCGAGCGAGGAGGACACGUCGGACGAGGCGUUCGAGCGCCGACACCGGCCGCUGGAGGAGAAGGAGCGCCGGAGCUACCAGGCGUACCUGAACGCGCGGGAGCUGCGCGCCACGGGCAGCAACGUGGACGGCAACGACGCGGAUGCGGACAUUGGCCGUUCGCACAACAGUGGGGGGGUGCCUGGGCGCGGCGGGCGCGCGGGCGGGCGCGCGCAGGUCCGUGGCGGGCGCAUGGGCGGGCGCACGCAGGUUCGCGGGGGCAUGCGCGGCGGGCGGCACGUCGGCCGCGUCGACGCGCACGCGGCCCGGUGGGGCUCGCAAAGCACCUCGCGCGACGUGGCGGGUGAGCCGUCGUCGGUGACCGAGCCCGACCCGCUCGUGGGCGACGGGCUGCUCGGGAGCCCGGCGGUCGGCGCGACGGCGUCGUUGGCGGGCGAGCCGAUCCUGGGGGAGCUCGGCGGCGAGGCGGGGGCGUUGGCGGACGACGUGGGAAUGCCGCUGGUGCCGCUGGGGAGGCUGGACGAGAACCACGAUGACGAGGACCUGCUGCUAGAGUGA